GUCCCAGGACCCUUGUCUUGCUGGGGCUGGUGCCAGAGGGUUGUGAUGCAGCCCAUGGCCUGCCCUGGGGGUGCCACGUGUGAAUGGGGGGGUGCAUGGGGCACCGAGUCUCCCAGUACCUGGAGCUGGGCCGAGAGGAUCCGGGUGCACCGACCUUGCCCGGGGGCCUUGGCUGCUCUGGGUUUCGGGUUCGUUCCCCCAGGGAUGAGGAAGGAUGGCCUGGGGCGGAGCUCCGCGAAGGUUCCCAGAGGUCUUGGGUUUCCUCCAGCUCUCUUGCUGUCCUGCCGUCGUCGGCAACAGCAGCAGAGAGCAGGGGAGAUGUUGGGAACUUGAGAGGGACUUGUCCCAGAAGGCGGCCUGUUCCUUUCCAUUCUGAGAGGUCAGCCCCUCCGCUUCCUGCCCGCGCCUCACCAGGUGAGCACGCUCAGGCUGAUCUCCUGUGUGUCAGACAGACCGUGCUCCAGGGCCAGCGGGGCAGGAGGAUUUGGGUCGGGAGCAUCUCCAAGACUGGAGGGUAUAGGGGAGAAUUAGACCCUGUCCCCUUGCCUGUAUCUCUGUUCCAGGAAGACCAGGGGAGUUUCCCCAGACAGGGGGGCCCAACACUGAUCUGUCACUUUCAGUCUUGGGUUAGAAGUGUGCCCUGGGGCCGCUGACAGCAGUGGUGGCCAGGAAAGCAGGACCGAAUGACUUCCAGUUCUCUGGCCUCCCUGGGCCUGGGCUUCUCUGUUGGUGCGCCAGGGAUACGGCCGUGGAGGGGUUGGUGGCCUGUGGCUUGAGUUAGUGCUUUGGGUCCUCUGUGGUCCCCUCACCUUAAGGACCCUGGAGUGGGGAUGAAGUGUGGGGACUGGGGCACUAGGAAGGGUGCAAGGAUGAGAAAAGGGGCCUUUUGGGGGUGUUCUUAUGGGCUUGGGAUUGCUCAGGCAAUUCUGGGCUGGGAAGAGUAAAGUCUGGGGGUGGCAGUUGUGCCCUGAACCGCCAGGGCAGAGUAGAAAUCAAACGAGGGAGGAGGGGGCUCUGCAAUCUAAGAACAGACAAUGCCCUGCUGGGCUUGGAACCUGCUCGAUUCCUACCCAAAUCCUUUCUAUGAGUUCUUCACCUAGCCCAGCCCCUAGUUACCAGGUAAAGAACGUCUAGGGUGGAGGGAGGUACCCCAGGGAGGGGGAGGCAGCUAAUGAGCUAUGGGGGGAGGGCGAUUCAAUUGCUUUUUUCACUACCACUCCACCCCUUUUUUUGUGUUUUUCCCUUGUGGGCUAAGCAGGAUCCUGUUCAUUUCUGGGAGGACUGGAUUCAGGGACAGGGAAGGCAGGUGGGGUGAUUAAUGGUUGCUAGAGAGUAGCAAUUUAUUUUAAACAACAGGGAGCAACCAGGGCUUGGAAAAAGGGGGCAGGUUAUGGGUGAGGCCAGGUCUGACGGAGUCUGUUUGCUCAGGGAGGACCUGGUCCCUUAAACCCGGAGCAGGAUCUGAGCAAUGAGAUGUGUCCCCACCGAGGUGGCCCACGGCAACAGGUGUUUAGCAUGGGCUGAGGAGCUGGGCCUGCACCAGAGGGCCGGCAGAGAUGGGCGCCUGGCUGAAGCCUAGGCAGCCGGUGGCGGUGAGGAGGACAGGCCCGGGCUCCCGGAGCAGAGCCGAGGCGGAGCAGUUCUGGAGAGCGUGAAGAACGGCCCGAGCCCCACCACCCGCCUGGCCCAUGAUGAUCCAGAGGCUGUGGGUGGGCCGCCUGCUGCGGCAUCAGAAAGCCCAGCUCCUGCUGGUCAACCUGCUGACCUUUGGCCUGGAGGUGUGCCUGGCUGCAGGCAUCACCUACGUGCCACCCCUGCUGCUAGAAGUGGGGGUGGAGGAGAAGUUCAUGACCAUGGUGCUGGGCAUCGGCCCCGUGCUGGGCCUGGUCUCCGUCCCACUCCUGGGCUCAGCCAGUGACCACUGGCGUGGGCGCUACGGCCGCCGGAGGCCCUUCAUCUGGGCGCUGUCCCUGGGCAUCCUGCUGAGCCUCUUCCUCAUCCCCAGGGCCGGCUGGCUGGCGGGGCUGCUGUGCCCGGACCCCCGGCCCCUGGAGCUGGCACUGCUGAUCCUGGGGGUGGGGCUGCUGGACUUCUGCGGCCAGGUGUGCUUCACCCCACUGGAGGCCCUGCUCUCCGACCUCUUCCGGGACCCGGACCACUGCCGCCAAGCCUACUCCGUCUACGCCUUCAUGAUCAGCCUCGGGGGCUGCCUGGGCUACCUGCUGCCCGCCAUCGACUGGGACGCCAGUGCCCUGGCCCCCUACCUGGGCACCCAGGAGGAGUGCCUCUUUGGCCUGCUCACACUCAUCUUCCUCACCUGCGUGGCGGCCACACUGCUAGUGACCGAGGAGGCGGCGCUGGCCCCGGCCGAGCCGGCGGAAGGGCUGUCGGUCCCCUCCGCGCAGCUGCCCUGCCGCCCGUGCCGGGCCUUCUGGAACCCGGGCGCCCUGCUCCCCCGGCUGCACCGGCUCUGCUGCCGCAUGCCGCGCACCCUCCGCCGGCUCUUCGUGGCCGAGCUGUGCAGCUGGAUGGCGUUCAUGACCUUCACGCUGUUUUACACGGAUUUCGUGGGCGAGGGGCUGUACCGCGGUGUGCCCAGGGCCGAGCCAGGCACCGAGGCCCGGAGACACUAUGACGAAGGCGUCCGGAUGGGCAGCCUGGGGCUGUUCCUGCAGUGCGCCAUCUCCCUGGUCUUCUCCCUGGCCAUGGACCGGCUGGUGCAGCGGUUCGGCACCCGGGCAGUCUACCUGGCUAGUGUGGUGGCUUUCCCUGUGGCUGCCGGCGCCACGUGCCUGUCUCACAGCGUGGCCGUGGUGACGGUCUCGGCCGCCCUCACCGGGUUCACCUUCUCGGCCCUGCAGAUCCUGCCCUACACGCUGGCCUCCCUCUACCACCGGGAGAAGCAGGUGUUCCUGCCUAAGUACCGAGGGGACUCUGGAGGUGGUGGCUGCGAGGACAGCCUGACAACCAGCUUCCUGCCGGGCCCCAAGACUGGAGCUCCCUUCCCCAACGGACACAAGGGCGCGGGCGGCGGCCUGCUCCCCUCCCCGCCUGCGCUCUGCGGGGCCUCGGCCUGCGACGUCUCCAUGCGCGCGGUGGUGGGCGAGCCGACUGAGGCCAGGGUCGUCCCGGGCCGCGGCAUCUGCCUGGACCUCGCCAUCCUGGACAGCGCCUUCCUGCUGUCCCAGGUGGCCCCGUCCCUGUUCAUGGGCUCCAUCGUGCAGCUCAGCCAGUCCGUCACUGCCUACAUGGUGUCCGCGGCGGGCCUGGGUCUGGUCGCCAUUUACUUUGCUACGCGGGUAGUGUUUGACAAGAGCGACUUGGCCAAAUACUCGGUGUAGACACGCGGAGGGGGAGGGCCUGCCUCCGCGGGUCCCCGCUCUCCAUCCGGCUUCAGGUAGCCCAGGAGGGCUGGGGGCUCCCUCCCGUGUCUCUUGCUGCCACGGCGGUGCGGCUCUCUGCUGCCACCCUGUGGCGGCGAGGCGCGUAGCUGCACAGCUGGGGGACUGGGGGUUCCCUCUGGCCGGUGGCUGCUGCGGUGGGCGGACUGGCAGCUUUCUGAAUGGGUUUCAGGCCGGACCUCCACGGGGAGGCCAGAAGGGCAGGGCAUUCGAUUAGCUCCGUGCACUGGAAUGUGGGACUCUGCAAGUGGGUUACUUAGGUUCAGGGUCAACAGGUUGAUGCCAGGAUCUUGGUUGAAACAUAAUCCAGAGAAGAAAUUUGGGGAGCUGAAUAAACUCAGCCACCUCCAAGCCCCCUUAUCUUGCAGGUUUCCCCAAUGUAGCUCUUGCAUGGGAGUUUCUAGUACGAAGCUCUCCUCCAUGGGAUCUGAAAGUAUGAAAGUUAUUUGGGGGGGGGGAGUCCUGAGGGGCACGGCAACUCGGGGCCCAGGCCCCCUUGGUCCACAGCACUGCCUAUCUGCUGAUCCCCUCCACCUUGUAUCAGGACUUGGCUUGUUGGUCCCUGUGUCGCCCUCAUAGGGACACAGGCAUUUAAAUGUUUAACUUAUUUAUUUAACAAAGUAGAAGGGAGCCAUCGCUAGUUUUCUAUGUUGGUGUCCAGGAGUUGGGUAGGGUGGGAUCUCUCAACAACCAGGUCUUCUGAGAUAGCUGGUCAUGGGCCGAGCGUUGCCAGAGUCCCCUUCUCCUGGGGUCUGGCCCCCAGAAAUGGCUCACCCAGGACCUUGGAAAUUGUACUCAUCCCACCUGAUAUCCCAAAUGCUGUCACCCAAGGUCAGGGGUGUUGAGGGAAGGUGGGGGUAGGGGGGCUUCAGGUCUCACCAGCUUCCCUAGCCACCUCCCACUCCUCACUCCCCCUGCUCCCUCUAGGACCGGGCCGGUGGAGGCACUGCCCUUCGCCUGAGCCCCUUGCCUUUCCCCACUGGCUCCACAACCCUCUGUUGGGGGCUGUUGCAGGACCAGCAGGACCAGAAGCACAAAGUGUGGUUCCUCAAGCCUUCGUCCGUCUCAGCCCCCGGGGUGUAUCUGUGCUUGGGGAGUCGCACACAGAAACUCAGGAGCACCCCCUGCCUGAGCUAAGGAGGUCUUAUCUCUGGGGGGUUUAAGUGCCGUUUGCAAUAAUGUCGUCUUAUUUAUUUAGCGGAGUAAAUAUUUUAUACUGUAUGUGAGCAAUCAGAGUAUAAUGUUUAUGGUGAUGAAAUUAAAGGCUUCUUAUAUGUUU